GGACUUCAAGAUGGCGGCCUGUCAGUUGUCAACAAAGGGUGACAACCCCGAGGAGUGUCCAGUGUGCCUGACAGGCUUUGAUGACUUAGUACAGCGGCCACGCACUCUGCCCUGUGGCCACACAGUCUGCACACUGUGCUCAGAUAAGCUGAAGGAGCAGGGCCGUGUUACCUGUCCGGAGUGCCGCGUCACCCAUGCCGUGCCCGAGGGCGGGCAGUUCCCUGUCUGCUAUACAAUUGAGGCCUUAAUAAGAAGGCUGAGAGACGGCAAGGCGGCGGAGGCCUCGCCGCCACCCAGUGCCGGGAAGGGGAAAGGGGCAGCAGGAUCAGCUGGCAAGAAGGGAGCAGCGGGUCUCUCCAAGAAAAUGCGUUCCUUUCUGCAGGAACAGGAGGCCACAGUUGUGGCCGCCAUCACCGCCUGCCAGGAGGCUCAGUCCCAGCUGGACCAGUAUGAGGCCACCCUGACAGGCUGGGUCGAGCGGCAGCAGCAGCUGGAGGACAGCCUCCAGGGACUGAUGGACCAGAGCAGGAGUUCCAGGGAGCUCCUGCAGCAGGAAAGGUUCCGUGUGGCACCGAAGAGGAAGGAGGCAAAGAAGAAGGAGCAGGAGCUGCAGACUGUGCGGGAGAAGUUGCGCACUCGUGCAACAGAGCAAGAGGCACUCAAAGUUUUAGCAACAGUGUUCCACCUCACCGGUGAGGUGGAGCAGGUGUUGGAGGAGUGCCAGCAGUGUUUCCCUGACGCCGGCAUCCUCACCACCGCCAGGAAGGUGAGAGAGGCAUCUAGUGCAGCCCUGGAGGCCGCCCAGGCUGUCCAGGCGGCUCUGGAAACUGUUUCUAUAGAAGAACCCAGGCCCCAGUCAGUCCCAGAAGAACCCAGGCCCCAGUCAGACCCAGAAGAACCCAGGCCCCAGUCAGACCCAGAAGAACCCAGGCCCCAGUCAGACCCAGAAGAGCCCAGUUCCCAGUCAGACCCAGACCUCACCAUCAUGGAAAAAGUGCAGUUCAUCUUAGAGCCAAGCUUGAAGGCCGAGGACUUCCGCAGUCUGACAGAGCGCACCAGGAGCCUGCUGCAGGCUGGCCGGGUGUUUGCUGUGCACCAGGUGGAAGGUCAGCGCCGACACGCAAGAAUAAGCCUCGAAGCCGGCCGGCCGUGCCUCCAUGCCCUGGCGGACCAUCCCCCGCCACUGGGCGCGUCAACCCUGCAGGUCAGCCAGGUCGUGCCGCCCUCCCCCCCCUGCACGGUGUUCCUGGACCUGUCCUGGCCGGGCCGUGCGCCGCGCCGGGUCCACAUCCGUCUGAGCCCCGACACCCAGCGGGGCCGCCAGUUCCUGAUGCUGUGCACGGGGCAGCGCGGCCCCUCCUACCGCGGCACCAGGCUGUACGAGGUGGGGUGGAAGGGGACGCCGGGAGAGUGUGUGUGGGGCGGGGACUACGAGAGUAAUGAUGGUAAGGGGAAAUGUGUGCUGCUGCCUGGCCUUGAGGAGGGUGGGGAGGACAGGCCAUGGCGGGCAGGGGAUGUGUGGGGGGAGGGGAGGCAGGGUGUGUUUGCCAUCACCACCAGGGACGAUCAGGGUGAUGUGUUGCGUUGUUGUUUCUUCGGUGAGGUGGUGGAGGGACUGCACGUGGUGGCCGAGGCAGCCCAACACAGCGACAUUAAGGAGGUGACUGUGGUGGACUGUGGCGUGGUGCUGUAAGGGUAUACUGGCCUGCACCACCACCACCACCACCACAACAUUAAGGAGGUGACUGUGGUGGACUUUGUGGUGUUGAGGGUACUGGCCUGCACCACCACCACCACCACCACCACAACAUUAUAGAGGAGAUUGUGGUGGACUUUGUGGUGUUGAGGGUACUGGCCUGCACCACCACCACCACCACCACAACAUUAUAGAGGAGAUUGUGGUGGACUUUGUGGUGUUGAGGGUACUGGCCUGCACCACCACCACCACCACCACCACAACAUUAUAGAGGAAAUUGUGGUGGACUUUGUGGUGUUGAGGGUACUGGCCUGCACCACCACCACCACCACCACCACAACAUUAUAGAGGAGAUUGUGGUGGACUUUGUGGUGUUGAGGGUACUGGCCUGCACCACCACCACCACCACCACCACAACAUUAUAGAGGAAAUUGUGGUGGACUUUGUGGUGUUGAGGGUACUGGCCUGCACCACCACCACCACCACCACCACAACAUUAUAGAGGAGAUUGUGGUGGACUUUGUGGUGUUGAGGGUACUGGCCUGCACCACCACCACCACCACCACCACCACAACAUUAUAGAGGAGAUUGUGGUGGACUUUGUGGUGUUGAGGGUACUGGCCUGCACCACCACCACCACCACCACCACAACAUUAUAGAGGAGAUUGUGGUGGACUGUGUGGUGUUGAGGGUACUGGCCUGCACCACCACCACCACCACCACAACA